GGGAGGGAUGCGGGGCCGGCCGCGGGGCCGGGGCCGGGCACGGCUCCUCUCCGCCGCACGAUAAAGCAGCCCCCGCACGGUCGGCGGGGAUGCCGGUGAAGCCAGCGGGCUGCCUGCCCCUCUGUGCCCGGCGCGGCACCAGCGGCUGACCGCGAGCUGCAAUGUUUCCCACCGCCGGCGAUGCCCAGCCCUGCUCCUAGCCUGGCUUCCCGGGGCUGACAUUCCCGGUUUUCUGCUGCUCGGAGGGCAGUGCCACCGAGCAUGCCGCAGGGAGCCCCUCGGCAGCCCAAGGCCAGGGGAGCUCUCCAGUGAGUCCAGCUCCUCAAAGGCAGAGUUGCCUCUUCCCAGCCCGGCUUCGGGAGGCGCCUCGGACAGCGAAUUCCCCUGCGCCCAGCGGGUGUUGAGGUCCUGGAGAGCGGGCCGGAGGAGGGGGCUGCCAUGGAAGAGAAUGUGUUCAGCGUGCAGCAGAUCCAGCCCAACGUCAUCUCGGUGAGGCUCUUCAAGCGCAAGGUGGGCGGCCUCGGCUUCCUGGUGAAGGAGCGCGUCAGCAAACCACCCGUCAUCAUCUCGGACCUGAUCCGGGGCGGGGCUGCCGAGCAGAGUGGCCUCAUCCAGGCCGGGGACAUCAUUUUAGCCGUCAAUGGCAGGCCCCUGGUGGACAUGAGCUAUGAGACGGCGCUGGAGAUCCUGAGGAGCAUCGCCUCCGAGACCUACGUGGUGCUCAUCCUGCGCGGCCCCGAGGGCUUCACCACUCACCUGGAGACCACUUUCACGGGCGACGGGACGCCCAAAACCGUCCGUGUCACCAGACCCCUGUGCCCGGCCCCGAAGGCGGUUGACUUGUCCAACCCAAGCGUUCCCAGCAAAGAGCAGCCACCGCCAGCAGCCAUGGGAUCGCUGUGGAGCAGGGAACCGGGGAAGGAGGUGGAGCCCAUGGUCCACGUUAACGGCGUCGUUCCCGGCAACAAAGGGCCGGAUGCCGGCAAGGACAAGGACAAGGACAAGGACAAGGACGGGACUGGUGGUCACUCCUGCCUCAAUGGUGGCAUGGAAGACAAUGAGCUGCUCAAAGAAAUCGAGCCCGUCCUGGACCUGCUGAAGAGCAGCAGUAAGGACAGCGGUGGAGAUGCGCCCUCCAAGGUAGAGACACGCGAUAUAGAAGUCCAGGUGGACUGUUUCAGGGAAGGGGACAACGAUCCCCAGAAAGCUUUGCCGGCUCGGAUGGAGAACGAUCGUGUCCUGGGGGACCUGUGGGGGAAGAGCAACGUCCCCGGGGUCCUGAACAACCCCUACUCCGAAGCAGAGCAGCCGCCUCCAUCCGGGCGCCAGUCCCCAACCAAGAACGGGAGCCCUUCCAAAUGUCCCCGCUUUGUGAAAAUCAAGAACUGGGAGACGGGCUCCGUGCUCCACGACACCCUGCACCUCAAGACCGCCAUGUCCCCUCAGGCCAUGGCGUGCACCGAGCAGAUCUGCAUGGGCUCCGUGAUGACCCCCAGCCCCCACAUCCGCAAGUCAGAGGACACCAGGAGCAAGGAGGAGGUGCUGCUCCUGGCUAAGGACUUCAUUGACCAGUACUACUCCUCCAUAAAGAGAUCCGGCUCCAAGGCCCACAUGGAGAGGCUGGAGGAGGUGACCAAGGAGAUUGAGGCCACCGACACCUACCAGCUGCGGGACACGGAGCUGAUCUACGGAGCCAAGCACGCCUGGCGCAACGCGGCACGCUGCGUGGGCAGGAUCCAGUGGUCCAAGCUGCAGGUGUUCGAUGCCCGGGACUGCACCACAGCCCAUGGGAUGUUCAAUUACAUCUGCAACCACAUCAAGUAUGCCACCAACAAGGGGAACCUCAGGUCUGCCAUCACCAUCUUCCCGCAGCGCACGGACAGCAAGCACGACUUCCGCAUCUGGAACGCGCAGCUGAUCCGCUACGCCGGCUACAAACAGCCCGACGGCUCCGUGCUGGGGGACCCCGCCAACGUGGAGCUGACCGAGAUCUGCAUCCAGCAAGGCUGGAAGGCUCCGUACGGGCGCUUCGAUAUCCUGCCCCUGCUCCUCCAAGCCAACGGCAACGACCCCGAGCUCUUCGAAAUCCCACCAGAGCUCGUGCUGGAAGUGCCCAUCCGACACCCCAAGUUUGAGUGGUUUAAGGACCUGGGCCUGAAGUGGUACGGGCUGCCAGCCGUUUCCAACAUGCUCCUGGAGAUCGGGGGCUUGGAGUUCUCCGCCUGCCCCUUCAGCGGCUGGUACAUGGGCACGGAGAUCGGCGUCCGCGACUACUGCGACAGCUCCCGCUACAACAUCCUGGAGCAAGUGGCCAAGAAAAUGAACCUGGAUAUGAGGAAAACGUCCUCGCUGUGGAAGGACCAAGCCCUGGUGGAGAUCAACAUCGCUGUGCUCUACAGCUUCCAGAGUGACAAGGUGACCAUCGUGGACCACCACUCGGCCACCGAGUCCUUCAUCAAGCACAUGGAGAACGAGUACCGGUGCCGGGGGGGCUGUCCCGCCGACUGGGUCUGGAUUGUCCCGCCCAUGUCGGGCAGCAUCACCCCCGUCUUCCACCAGGAGAUGCUCAACUACCGCCUGACGCCCUCCUUUGAGUACCAGCCGGACCCCUGGAACACCCACGUCUGGAAAGGGGUCAAUGGGACACCCACCAAGAAGAGGGCCAUUGGCUUUAAGAAGCUGGCAAAGGCUGUGAAGUUCUCGGCCAAGCUGAUGGGCCAAGCCAUGGCCAAGAGGGUCAAGGCCACCAUCCUGUACGCCACAGAAACGGGCAAGUCCCAGGUCUAUGCAAAAACCCUGUGUGAGAUCUUCAAACACGCCUUUGAUGCCAAGGUGAUGUCCAUGGACGAGUACGACGUGGUGCACCUGGAGCACGAGACCAUGGUCCUGGUGGUCACCAGCACCUUCGGCAAUGGGGACCCACCUGAGAAUGGAGAGAAAUUUGGCUGUGCAUUAAUGGAGAUGAAGAAUCCCAACUCCAACCUGGAGGAGAGGAAGAGCUACAAGGUCCGGUUCAACAGCGUCUCCUCCUACUCGGAUGCCAGGAAAUCCUCCAGUGAUGGCCCUGACUCCAGGGACAACUUCGAGAGCACGGGGCCCCUGGCAAACGUCAGGUUCUCCGUGUUCGGGCUGGGCUCCCGGGCUUACCCCCACUUCUGCGCCUUCGCCCGCGCCGUGGACACGCUCCUGGAGGAGCUGGGCGGAGAGAGGAUCCUCCGCAUGGGAGAAGGGGAUGAGCUCUGUGGCCAGGAGGAAUCCUUCAGGACCUGGGCCAAGAAGGUCUUCAAGGCAGCGUGUGACGUGUUCUGCGUGGGGGAUGAUGUCAACAUCGAGAAAGCCAACAACUCCCUGAUCAGCAACGACCGCAGCUGGAAGAGGAGCAAGUUCCGCCUGACCUACGUGGCUGAGGCCCCGGAGCUCACACAAGGACUGUACAGCAUCCACAAAAAGCGCGUCUAUGCAGCCCGGCUCCUCACACGCCAGAACCUGCAGAGCCCCAAGUCCAGCCGCCUGACGAUUUUCCUGCGCCUGCACACCAACGGGCACCAGGAGCUGCAGUACCAGCCCGGGGACCACCUGGGCGUCUUCCCAGGCAACCACGAGGACUUGGUCAAUGCCCUCAUAGACAGGCUUGAGGAUGCCCCUCCGACCAACCAGGUGGUGAAGGUGGAGCUGCUGGAGGAGAGGAGCACAGCUCUAGGUGUCAUCAGCAACUGGACAGACGAGAACCGUGUCCCACCCUGCACCAUCUUCCAGGCCUUCAAGUACUACCUGGACAUCACCACGCCUCCCACCCCGCUGCUGCUGCAGCAGUUCGCUCUGCUGGCCACCAGUGACAAGGAGAAGAAACGUCUGCAGGUCCUCAGCAAGGGCUUGCAGGAGUACGAGGAGUGGAAGUGGUCCAAGAACCCCACGAUCGUGGAGGUGCUGGAGGAGUUCCCCUCGGUGCAGAUGCCCUCCACACUGCUGCUGACGCAGCUGCCCCUCCUGCAGCCCCGCUACUACUCCAUCAGCUCGUCGCCGGAGAUGUACCCAGGGGAGGUGCACCUCACCGUGGCCGUGGUGUCCUACCGCACCCGAGAUGGAGAGGGACCGAUCCACCACGGCGUGUGCUCCUCGUGGCUCAGUCGGAUCCAGACGGAUGAAGUGGUGCCCUGCUUUGUACGAGGUGCCCCCGGGUUCCACCUGCCCCAGGACCCCCAGGUGCCCUGCAUCCUCAUCGGCCCCGGCACCGGCAUCGCCCCUUUCCGCAGCUUCUGGCAGCAGCGGCUCUUCGACAUCCAGCACAAAGGGCUGAAGCCGUGUCCCAUGGUGCUGGUGUUUGGCUGCCGGCAGUCCCGGAUCGACCACAUCUACAAGGAGGAGACGCUCUUUGCCAAAGCCCAGGGUGUCUUCAGAGAGCUGUACACGGCCUAUUCCCGGGAACCCGACAAACCAAAGAAAUACGUGCAGGACGUGUUGCAGGAGCAGCUGGCCCAGACCGUGUUCAGAGCACUGAAGGAGCAGGGAGGCCACAUCUACGUCUGCGGGGAUGUCACCAUGGCCGGGGAUGUCCUCAAGGCCGUGCAGCUCAUUGUGAGGCAGCAGGGCCAGCUGUCGGCCGAGGAGGCAGGAGCCUUCCUCAGCAAGCUGCGGGAUGACAGCCGGUACCACGAGGAUAUUUUUGGAGUCACCCUGCGCACGUACGAGGUGACAAACCGCCUUAGAUCCGAGUCCAUCGCGUUCAUCGAGGAGAGCAAAAAAGACACGGAUGAGGUUUUCUGCUCCUAACUGGACCCUUCGCCCCCAGGGGAUGCCAAACCAGUCCCAGCACCUGCUGCCCCCUCCAGCUGGAGGGCACUGGGUUUUGUAUUUCACGGACACGGUGGCUCCUUUCCCAGGGGAAUACCCCUGGAAAGCGCUCUGUCUCUCGUCCUGUUGUUGUGUCCUGAUGAUGAUGAUGAUGAUGAUGAUGAUGAUGACUUUUAUUUCCUUUC